AUGCAGAACGGCAGAAGGGCAGUGCUGGACCUCGGCACAGGCUCUAUCAAGGCCGGUUGGGCAGGGGAGGGUAAGGCCCGUUAUGUGCUUCCUACAUGCUCCGGCGCCGUACGCCGGCGCCCACAGCCGUAUUUGAGCGAAGAGUGCUACUGCCUCCAGGAGUACAUAUGCUCGAGGCCAAGCCAAGGCGGUCUCUGGGCAAAUCUAGAGAUGUUACGCGACUUAAUAGACCUCUCCUUCAGCAAAAAAUACCUAGGGGCUGACCCUAAAGAACUCAGCGGUGUCGCUCUUACAGAGCCCCUCCUGACUCCAGCUCCCUUGCGGCACCAGAUAGCUAUUGUUGCAGCACAGGCCGUAAUACCCUACGCGUUCUGGGGGAUGGGCUGGGGAGCGCAAGACAUUUGCGCCCCUCCCAAGGCAAAACGAAUGGGAGUUAGUUGCUACAGCGGGCCCGAAGGGGCCCCUCAAGGGAUUGUCGGGACACGCGGGGAUGCAGAGGCCCCGGGCUGUUGUGUCAAAGGCAAGGGGGGGACGUCGGCUGCAUUGGUGUCUUCAACAGACCCAUGCUUCUCUCCCCAGCUAGCAACAACAGCACCAUCAGCAGACCCCAGCUUAGCGGGUCAGGUGAGCCCUGGAAGGAACCCUUUUGGCUUGACCGUGGAUGUUGGCUUCAGCGCCUCCCACGCGGUUCCUUUUGUGAACUACUCUGCUCUGGAAGCCUCAGCUCUGCGGUCCGAUAUCGGCGGGGCCCACGCCAACGCCUACCUUAAAAACCUGCUGCUCACGCGCGGCCUCAGUCUUGAGAAGAACGAGUUGUUUGCCCAAAAGCUUAAGGAAGAGGCCUGCUUCGUCACUGGGGAUCUCAUGCGAGUUCUUCGUCUCCUACGCAAUCUGCCGGGGGGGCGAGAAACGGCGUACUUUGGGGGGCCCCUCCUUGUGCAGCGGGAGACCCCCGAUUAUUCUCUCACGAAAUCGCAGCUCGCUGCCUACUUCCAUACCCACUCUCCGGCCCCCAUCCCAGACCUCUCUUUGUUGGAGAAGGCUAGUGACGCCGAAAAGACGAACAGCACUUGCAGCAGCAGCAACGACAACGAGGAGACAACCGCCGAGGCUGUACCUGCAUUGGAUAGCCAUAAAGUACCACAAGAGGCCCCAGAAGAUGGUUCUUGGGUGCCUCCUGCGACACCUACAAGGCCCACAGUGAAGCUAUCGACGGAGAGACUGGUAGUGCCAGAAAUAUUGUUCAGGCCUCAAGGCAAGAAAACCACCUUGUUGCAGCCUCGUCCCCUUCCAGUUCGCUCCCUCGAAGGCUUAUUUCCGCUGAGCUCUGUUGUUCUUUCUUGCCUUGCUUGCGGCUCGUACCAUGGCAACUGA